AUGAGUCGCUAUCUCACUCCCUCAAAGGUUGCCCUACUAAGCCUCAUUUCUAUCUACACGGAAGGUGUCGUUCCGAACUCGUCCGCCAUUCAUGUGCUAUCAUUUAUAGUCGCUUAUCUGAGUCCGUUGGGCGCAGGGGACGCUCCCGCUUCCUCGGAUAGUUUGUCCGCACAGUACUCAGUUUCCAUCGAGGAUAUUGAAAAAGCACUGAAAGCGCGUCAAUCGUCCGUACCUGGCCGGUCGGUUUGGGAUCUGUUCCUCCGCAAGAUUUGGUCAAUUGACUCAUGUGAUGCGCUGGAGUUGUUCUUCACUGAGAUAUCCGGUACUCUCGCGAAGACGCGUGAGGAACAGAUCAGGGAGAGAGAUGCCGGCCUCGCUCCAGCAUCUGGCGGCAUGCGCCUUGCUCGGUGUUCUCCACUAGGCGCUUUCGUGAGGAGGUCUCAGUUGGAAUUCACCAGGCUUCAGUUUCAUGAUUCGGUCAGGUUGUGGAAGGGGUUUGUCAAAUAUCGUAUUCCGACCUACCGAGCCUGGGCACGCAAAAACCCCUCUGAUGAGCAGGCUUUUGUUGACAUUAAUCUACUCGAACUGGGCCUCGAUACGAGCAGUCACCUUGCUCAAGUAGCUUACGGAAACAUCGAGGACGAUGAAGAGGACGACCGCUAUGUCAGUACGAAGGAGGUCGAACGGCUCUUGGAGUUUCAGAUUGGAGAGCUACAAAGAUUUGGUGGAAGGGUCCCAGAAGGCUUGAAAGUCCAAUUGAAGCGUAUUGUCGCAUCCGGCGUGACAUUGCCCAAUCUAAUUCAUUACUUGAGAUUUCUCGAUGCCUGGAGAGCUGGGGACUACCCGUCGUCCUUUGACAACCUCCAUCGCUACUUCGACUACACGAUGCAUAGCCGGGACAAGGGAACCUACCAAUAUGCACUUUUGAAUCUCGCCAUACUACAAGCCGAUUUCGGAUGUUAUGGAGAAGCCGUGUCUGCAAUGCGCGAAGCCGUAUCAAUUGCCAGGGAGUCUCACGACAUGAACUGCCUGAAUUUCUGCAUGAGCUGGCUGUACCACCUUGGAAAAGCUUUCCCGGAGCUCAUCAAAGAUAUUGAAAAUACUGGCAUGCUGGGCAAUGAGAAGGAGGGGCUCGCCUUCCUCAAGGCCAAAGCAAAGGAGACGGAGAUGUGGGGGUUGCUGAGUACUACGCUAUUGAGCGAAGCAAAGCUUGAGCUUCAGAACGGAGAGAGUCUAGCAUCAUCGAUCGAGAACAUCGUCCGAGCAUCACAUCUAAACGUCACGAAGAACCUCAUGAAUUCGAUGGGGCCCCAGCUUUUACUCCAGACUGCAUUAUAUUCCAGAAUAGGCACCACGCAUCUCGCCUGGUUGAGCAACGAGACAUUCCGUCAUUGCUACCGGAACAGCGCACCUUUCGAGGACUACUUGAAGAGCACAUUCCGAAGCUGCCAGCUGCUCGCACAGCAGGGCCGCUACAACGAAGCCUCCUCCCAGAUGGCCGAAAUGAGCCCAGAACGAUUCCGAUCGCUUAAAACAGGCCAAUACUGGGCCUUCUUCUCCGGAGCUCUUCAGCUCAGACGCAAAAUCUACAACGACGACCAAGUAGCGUCAGCCCACAUCCUCUCGCAACUCCAAGCAAUCGACCUCCCGGACAGCGACCUUACAUUCCUCCUCUCCUUCCUCCGCAUCGAGUACCUCAUCCGUCGCGCCGACUACGCCCAAGCCCUCGAGCUCCUUGAAAAGACCGCGCAGUCCACCCACGCCGACAACUUCGACAUCCAACCACAAGUUAAGCUCCUCUGCCUGAAGGCCCGCAUCUUCAACAAAAUGGGCCAGCCCCAGCGCGGAUUCUCGCUCGCCAUGCGCGCCGCCAAUAUCGCGGACCGCUCGCGUCUCCUCCCGGGUCUCUGGGAGGCCAUUGUAGCACUGGGCUCUGUGCUCUUGAGCCUGAAGGAAUUCGACGCCGUCGGCAAAAUGGUCGAGAGUAUCAUGCCGCAAAUCCUUGAAACAAGCGACUGUGAUCUUGCGGCAAGCGCGUACUCGCUUCUCGUGGACGUGAAUAUGGGGAUCGCGGGGCGGCUUCGGAGUGAAGGGAAUAAUAAUGGUCCUGCGAAGAAGGAGUAUAUGAAUCGCGCCCUGGGGUAUCUGGAUUCUGCGUACGAGCAGUUUGAGGAGAUUGAGGACAUUCGCGGGCAGUGUGAGAUGAUGGCCAAGAAGGCUACUGUCAUGCAUCUUACGGGCGAUUCGGUUCUUGCUAAUGACUAUGCGGCGAAGUAUCUGGACUUGCGGAAGCAGAAGGCUUCGGCUUGA